GUCGUUGCCUUCUUGCGGGCUUGUAAAACAUGAAGAGGCCACGAACGAGGCUUCUUAAUUGGUGGAACUUGCAUUGUGCUACUGCAAAGCAAAAUCAAUCGCCGUUGAGCUGAUCCUGGGACAGCCUUGUCUGCGAUUUCCUAGAAAACAACCAAGUGAUGCCACCGCCAGACUGCAAGAUGAUACGGUCAAGAUUAUUAUACCAGGCAUUGCUCAGAGCCUAGAUUUGUAUCGAGUGCAUGCCGAGAAGGAAUCUCAAAAACAAGACGUUUUACUUUAUCAAUGUUUGCGAUCAGAUUUUACACGUAGCAAUGGAGAAACGGAAAUGGAAGGCAGUUUUGCACUCGAAUACCAAGCCGCUAGAUUAAUCCGAGUUCUGGAAUUUUCUUUCCCAGAUGAGCAAUCGUUUGAUCUGAUUGGAUUUUCCCUGGGAGGUCGCGUUGCCUUGGCAACUGCCUGUUUAUACCCUCGCAAGGUAUCGUCUCUACAUUUGACCGGAGUCGGAUGCUCUCGUGAUGCGUUUGGAAUCGUAGUAUUGCGAGCCUGGGAACAUUUGCUAGAAACGAACAAUAUGUCAGGAUUCGGGUGGUCGGCCUUAUCAGCCAGCUAUUCGUCUUCCUUUUUACUCCGAAAUGUUGAUCAGUUGCCAUCAUGGGUCGAACAAUUGGAAGCCGAAUUCCCUAAUCGAGCCAGUGUAUCGGCACUCCACCGUUUGAUAGUUGAUACAUGUGACCGAGAUGGUGACGAAUAUACUGUGGCAGAAAUGGCACUACGGCUAGAUUCUAGCAUUCCUGUUACCUUGGUGGUCGGAGGUCAAGAUUGCCUGGCUCCUCCUUCCUCCGUGCAGCAACUAGCCUUUAUUUUACUUCAUCGGCGACAGAAUGAAACAUCAUCCUCGAGUGUGAAAAGCACUACUAUUCUUCAUACCGGACACGCCGUGCCCAUUGAGCAAAGGUCUACGUGGUGUCGAACAAUUCUUUGA